AUGUUGAAUUUUGAUGAGAAAAGGAAAUUGGAGCUACAUGCUCUUGAUGAAUUGAGGCUACAAGCCUAUGAAUCAUCCAAGCUAUACAAGGAGAAAGUCAAGAGUUAUCAUGACAAGAAGAUCCUCAAGAAGGAGUUCAAGGCAGGCCAAUCUAUAGUACUGUUUAAUUCCAGGCUCAAACUCUUCCCUGAGAAAUUAAGAUCUAAGUGGUCUGACCCCUUUACAGUCAAGGAGGUGAAACCCUAUGGUGCCAUUGAAAUUGAAGAUCCUGAGGCACAAAGAAGUUGGGUUGUGAAUAGGCAGCGGUUGAAACCCUACUUGGGUGGAGAGGUCGAAAGACUCUGCUGUAUCCUUUCUUGA